GGGAUACGAAACCAAACCUGGACAAAAACAACACACGGACAUCCCCUGCAUUAGUUUACAAACUACAAUCAACAUUCAAAUAAUAGCAACAAUGGAGCAGAAAAGCAGUAUCUCUAUUCUGCUUGUAACAGCUAACGUUGGAAGCAUUUUCGAGGAUCCCACAAAGCUGCUGCACCUCUGGAUUCAAAAAUUCCUCGAUCAUGUCUUACUUAGGCGCCCUGCGUUUAUUGCACUUCAUUUGCAAGAAGUAGGUGGUAAAACGUACGAAAAAUCUAUGGGCUACGUACAGGAGUUUGUUCAAGAACUUUGCGAAUCGGAUGAAUUGCGGGAAUAUAAACGUAUUCGUGUCUACCUGGACGAGGACUACAACUCUGCAGAAAACUUUACGGCCCUUGGAAAUUUGUAUUUUGUUCAAAAUACAGUAGAACACGUACUUAUGUGGAAUUUUGUCACACAUAAGUGGGGUAUGCUCGACGGUAAGAGCAUCUACAGUGGUAAAAUUGAUGCAGUACCGACUAAGGAAAAAGCGAAAUUUCCUCAACAAUUCUUUCCGGAGAGCAAGUGGUCACGCAAAGGUUUCUUGCGCACACGUUGGUUCCUGAAUGGUACUAUAUUUGACCUAGUAAAUAUUCAUCUGUUUCAUGAUGCAUCUAAUUUUACCGCUUGCGAGAAAUAUCCAUCAGUGUAUUGCAAAAGUAGAAAUCGGGCACUUGUACAUAUACUCGAAAGGUUUCGCAAAGAUCGAGCAAACCUUCCAGUGCCAUACUUUUUAUUUGGUGAUUUCAACUUCCGUUGUGACACAAUGUCCGUAAUUAAGAAACUAACGCAAGAUCUUACAAUGCAUCGAAUCCGGAAUGCUUCAUCCAACAUUACGCGGGUGCAAUAUCGUGAUGCGGAUGGUGUCAACAUUUUGACUGUGGGAGAGAAAGAGUUUUCCUAUUACGACCAAUGCACUUUUAAAGGCACCUGGCUUCGCCAGUUCGAUUGUGAGCUUGACUGCUUGCGUAAUGUCCUCUAUGAAUAUCCUAUUACAUUCCCUCCAUCGUAUCCAUACGAAGAAAACGCGGAACUACCGGACUCCUACAUGACAACACGCUGCCCUGCUUGGUGUGACAGAAUCCUAAUCAGUGGUGCUGCCCGAAAACUUAUUUACGACCAACUAUCGCGCGGAGAUAAUGACGAAAGCGCCAAAGCUUAUUCGGCGCCCAGCAGCUAUGGUAUUGUCGGAGAAAACGUAUGCAUGGGCGAUCACAAGCCCGUAUAUCUCAGCUUAACAAUCAAGACACGUCAAGGUAUUGUAUAUUUUUACUCUUCCAGAGAUACACUUUAUAAGUUGAAUAAUCUAUAUCUCACACCGCCGAGCGGUCUUGGCCUGCAUCAGGAAACCCUUCCACCGCUCGAUGUCGAGUGCCUUUGUUGA